GUAUGCAGGCCCCGUUAUUGAUUGCUGAUUUCUUUUUUUGUAUUCUGCCCAUUGUGCAUUUCGCUGUCGGCCCCAUCACGUUUUCUGCUCGAGGUAUAUAAACAGGCGAAGAGACUUGGUGCCCGCCUCCUUUUGUGAGCACCUAAAACUUGCACUUUCCUUUACUCAACACACACAUUUACACACACUACACAAUGGAUUUUUCUUACGAUAACGUGGUUCCCAACUUCAGAUUGGACGGUAGACUUGCCAUCAUUACCGGAGGCUCCGGAGGUAUGAGUGCUGUUCUUUCAAGGGCACUUUUGGCACAGGGUGCCGACGUGGCCCUUGUUGACAUCAACUUGGAGAGAACUACCGCGGCUGCAAAAGAGGUUCUUGCGUGGGGUCAAGAAACUUUGAAGGGCGCACGUGAGUCCACUGUGGGCGACGUCUCCGCAUGGGCUUGUAACAUUGGUGACAGCGAAUCUGUCGAGACCACCUUCGCUGAAAUCAACGAACACCACGGCAAGAUUGCCGACAUAUUGGUGAACACCGCAGGCUACGCCGAGAACUUCCCUGCUGAGGAGUAUCCUGCGUCCAACGCUGAAGGCAUUUUGAGAGUGAACGGUCUUGGUGCUUUCUACGUGGCGCAGUCGUUUGCCAGGCCUUUAAUCCAGAACAACUUGAAGGGCUCGAUCAUCUUGGUUGGCUCCAUGUCGGGCACCAUUGUCAACGACCCCCAGCCACAAUCCAUGUACAACAUGUCGAAGGCCGGUGUCAUCCAUUUGGCGAGAUCUUUGGCUUGCGAGUGGGCCAAAUACAGCAUCAGGGUGAACACGUUGUCCCCGGGAUACAUUCUCACGCCUUUGACGAGAAACGUCAUUUCCGGCAACACCGAGAUGAAGGACACCUGGGAGUCCAAGAUUCCAAUGCACAGAAUGGCCGACCCCAAGGAGUUCGUGGGUUCAGUCUUGUACUUGGCCUCCGACUCCGCCUCGUCUUACACUACUGGACACAACUUGGUGGUCGAUGGUGGGUACGAAUGUUGGUAGUCAUAAGGCUUUUGGCUACCGAUCCGCUUUGGGUAUUUCAUUGCUUCGUGGGUGACGAUUUUAUAGAAUAUGACUUCAAUACAACAUUACUACGGAAAACGGCGCGAUGCUUUCUCGAAUAUCACUUCGCAUCGAUACCAAGUUAGGGUUCGUUGAAGAACGCGUUUAGUGUUUGGCUCAAUGUGGCGAUACAUUUCCGGCAUCUUCAUCGGGUUCAGCAUGCCCAACAAUUGAAGCAGGAUUCAAGGGUGAUUGAGGCCAUUCGAAUUUUAGCCGACACGCCUCAGUCUCCGGC